AUUAGAAAUGCCAGUAGGGGUAUAGCUCUUAUUGUAUCAAAACUUCUGUGUAUUACUGUCGACUUCUCAAUUUUGUGUCAUGGAAUUCCGUAGUUUUAUGAUUUUAUGUAGAAAAGAACGAAGUUAAUUUUCUAAAGGUACACAUUUAAAGGUCAGCUCCAAAUAAACGGUUUCCUGCAAUCCAAUGCAAUGCAAUCGAAAUUCCGCCAAACACGUUGCCUGGCAUCGAACCAGCUGGUGCACUGUCCUUAUUUAUUCUGAUAUCGAUCGUGUCGUCCCGCCUGCAGCCUUAUGUAACGACUGGCAACCGUUGUUGCACUCGAAUGGCUGGUUUUACUCGAGCCAUCAGCACUCCCGCAGUGAUGGCCAUGAUUCCGGGCAUCUACAAGCACCACCGCUGCCGGAACAACGUCUACCCUCAGAGUGAUGUCCGCCGUUAUCCUGUGCCAGACGAGAGCGUCUUCUGGUCCCAACCGUAUCCGGAUUAUCAACCGCCGCUUUACGAGGCCGCUGUUCUGAAGGGUAAAGAGUGGGCCGAUCUCGAUGUCGACGAUCCCAGCUUCAAGGUCAAAUGGAACCAGCUGGACGGCGGAGUCAAUCGAGUGAGCUUCGUUGGAGAGUAUGAGCUGCGUGAUGGAUUUCCGAUGAACAUGUUCGGAAGAACGGGGCUGAGGGGUAGGGGCUUGUUGGGGAGAUGGGGGCCGAACCAUGCGGCGGAUCCCGUUGUGACCAAGUGGAAGGUCGAUCAGGAGGGGAAGGCUGUGGUGAGCGCUGAUUCUGGAAGACGAGUUCUACAGAUGUGUGCGAUUGAGCGCCAUGACUGCGGGGAAUGGGCUAUACCCGGAGGAAUGGUGGAUCCUGGAGAGAAGGUGAGUGCUACCUUGAAGCGAGAGUUUAUGGAGGAAGCCAUGAGCAGCAGCAGCGAUACGGAGGAAAUCGAGCGCUUCUUCAGUGGCGGAAAGGAAAUCUACAAGGGAUAUGUGGACGAUCCGAGGAAUACGGAUAAUGCGUGGAUGGAAACGGUUGCAGUGAACUUCCACGACGAGAAUGGGUCCAUUGUGGGGCGGUUUAAUUUGCAUGCCGGUGACGAUGCGGCCAAGGUCAAAUGGAUGGACAUCGAUUCCGGGGUGAAGCUGUACGCUAGUCAUGCGAAUAUAGUGAGACGGGUGGCCGAUGCACUGGAUGCCCAUUGGUAGCGAGGAGUUUCGGAUGAAGAAUAGUUGUUAAAAUAAAUCAGUUGAAUUAUUGAGUAAAAUAAUAACAUGUAUUACAAUGUUGUAAUUUGAUUUUUUUUAAUGUUUUCAUAUAGGGUUUUUUUUGCUCGCUUGAGAAUGCCUCAAAAUAUGUACCACUUUCUGUGAGAUGGGUAAUUUUUGUUUCUGUUUUGUUUUGACCGUAUGUCUUGCUAAAUCUGAAUCUGCAGUAAUAUACAACUUAAUAAUUGAAUAAACUCAUCAUUUCUAGUUAUUGCAUAUAAAUAUGGCAUUUGUUUCGCUAAUGGGGUAGUACUCCAAAGUUGUAAAAGCAAUGAGUUGGAGCUUCACAGUUUUAAUCAUCGAAUUUCAUUGAAAAAAUAGAAUGGUAUACAUAUUCUUGGAAUCAAAUUAUUAUUAUAUGUUUUUAUUUUCAAAUACAUCCACGAAAUCUUCUGAUUGUAUGAUGUAUUAUGUAUUAUGCUUAUCUUGUCUUAUUAUCGUUUGCGACUUACAGACAGUAAGUUGUAAGUCAGAGAUGUUUCUAAAUGAAAUAAAUUUU